GCGUGCUGGGAGUGCGGUCAAAGGUCGGUCCAUGAUGGCGGCGGGACUGCGGCAGGACCUGCUGGGGAAGGUGGACGGGGAGAGGUUUGAGACGCUUCUCCAUGAGAUAGUAGACUGGGUGUGCCGGGGUGCAGCCCCGUCCUACCAGCCCUACAGUCAGACGUGGGACCUGGACUCCUGGUGGCACGUCCUCAACUCAACCAAGUCCUUCCUGCUCCUGGCAGUCAAGGAAAACCUCUCCAAGGAUGGGGUGCUGGAACACCUAACAGGUCUAGACUCUGACCACCAGCAGUGCUUCCUGCAAGUCAUCACAAGUAGGAAAGAGGACAUCAGACUGGCACUGAUUUCAGCUACAGCAGCCAUCUCUCAGGGGGCCUUGGAAGAUUUGGAUUGGCAAGUUAAGCUGGUGUUGUCAAGCGACAAGAUUUCGUCAGUGCAGAAGCCUGUGUUAGGAUUGGACCUGGCUGUGAACAAAGAGGGACAGAGAGAGUCCCUGAGUCUGGAGCUGUCACAAGAAGAAGUAGCUAGUCUUGUUACACAACUGGAAGCAGCAAACAAGGUGGUCACACAGAUGAAGACGUGACACACUUCAAUAGACCAUGAAGAGAGCACAUCAUUGUAUCUUAUCUUUUGUAUACAUAAUGAAGAUGAUUACCUUAAGACUUAGUCAUGUAAAAUAUUUAAUGUAUGAUUUACUGCAAUACUUACACAUAUUGUUAUCAUUUUGUUUUCACAUUGUGGCCUAUAUUAUCCAUACAGCA